UAUGAUAAAACACAGAUGGCACAGGUGAUCGGAAUUGAUAAUUUAAAGUCCCAGUUACGUACCGUAGAGUCUUCACCAGCCAUGGACUCUAGAUAUCUUAUCCUGCUACUAGUUUUUUCUUGUGUAAUUAUAUGUGAAGGAAACGUCAUUUACAAAGUCAAGAAAUUAGAUGAAGGAGAAUCUGACAACUUUGUGCCCACCAAGAUCGACAAGAGACAGAUUGUCCAGAAGAUCGCUACUAAUUCCGACCUGACACACAAGAUGGCAGUCAUCCUGCAGAAGAACCUCAUGGACAUGCUGAAAAGUGAUGGCUUCCAACUCCUAGCACUUCUUUGGAACGAAAGAAAUUCAUUCCUUGAGUGACCCGGGGAUGAAACAGUCAAUCCAUGCAUGCUUCAUAGUUAAAUAAACUCUGGAAUUAAAAUAAGAUGGUUUUAUUAUAACUGUGCCGAAAUAGAGUACAGCAAUAAAUUUAAUGUAGGUUGCUAAUAAAUCUUGCGUAAGACAUAA